AUGUUCAAUCUCCGAGUUCUCUGCCGAGAUCAGCCUCAGCGGACAAUUGCGCUGGUGACGGCCGAGCAUGUCUUAAUCUUCCACUACAGUGCAACCGAUGCCGGGUCUGGGUCAACACCACGUUGCCAGGUGGAAUUCGUGGAUGUUGCAUCCGCAGAUCUCGGGGCCUUUCGGCCUUUGGGUGCUGGUCAUGGUACUUUGGGCUUGGUCACGCUAAAUGAAGACCUGUUCGUCUGUGUUGUCACCACAUCAUCUCAAGCUGCUACUGUAAGACCAGGAGAAGCUGUGUCUAGAAUUGAUUCUGUAGAUUUCUAUUGCCUCAAUCGUUCAGAAUAUGAAUACGGCCUCGAUUAUGAACCUGGGACUCAAUUUGCCGUCGAGGAGCGGACCGGUCAAGAUAGCCGGGAUGUGAUGACAGAACACCCUUUCCAGGCCCUGAAAAAGCUUCUCGGAGAUGGUAGUUUUUACUACAGUCUUGAUUUCAACCUCACAGAUCGUUUACAAGAUCGCUCGGAUAAGUCGGCGGCAUUUGAUAUCGAUUCCUUGGAUGAGGACAUGCUUUGGAAUUCAUACAUGAUCAAUCCACUUCUCCUUUUCCGAAGUCAUUUGCCACCCGCAGAUAAGGCCAAGCUAGACUCUUCUCAGCUGCUGACAUGCGUCAUCCGGGGAUACGCAAGCACUCUAAAGAUUCCGGCCACAGUCUCGAUUCUGCCUCAGGUGCGGACAAACUUUCCAUCUCUUCUGACCAUUGUCUCACGACAGUCCUCUCGGCGUGCGGGCACGAGAUUCAACUCGCGAGGAAUUGAUGAUGACGGCAAUGUGGCCAACUUUGUGGAGACUGAAUUGAUUCUCUGGGUCUCACCAGGUAUUACUUUCUCGUACGUCCAAGUCCGAGGCUCGGUACCAAUCUUCUGGGAGCAAACACCCGGUUUGAUUCCAGGACAGCAAAAGAUCGAGGUAACACGGUCAAGUGAGGCAACUCAACAUGCAUUCAAUCAGCACUUUGAAACCCUUGAACUGGAGUAUGGAGCCACGCAUGUGGUCAAUCUCCUAAGCGAGCUCAGAUCUGGCGAAGCAGAUUUGUCGGCCAAGUAUCGUCAACACAUUGCCCGUAGUUCCCUAAGGAAAAAGGAAGACCCUGAACAUCAUAGCCUUCUACGGCUAACAGAAUACGAUUUUUUGGCUGAGACCCGUGGUCCAGCUGGCUACGAAGCGAGCAACCAAAUCAAGUAUGAGCUGGCUGGGUCCCUGGACGGGUUUGUCUAUUUUCUGUCCGAGGACUCUACGCGGUCUGCUGCAUCUCUUUUUGAAAGGGAUGACGUUCCUGGUGCCUCCUCGGUCAUCCUGCAGCAGGAGGGAGUUUUCCGAACCAACUGCCUGGACUGUCUGGACCGAACAAACCUUGUCCAGACAAUUAUCAGUUCGAUGGCAUUGGAGUCAUUUCUAGCACACCAGGGUGGAAGGUUUGGCUCAGAUAUGCAAAUGCGUCAUUCAACCCUCUGGGCAGACAAUGGGGAUGCCCUCUCUAAGAUCUAUGCCGGUACUGGGGCUUUGAAGUCCUCUUUCACUCGUCAUGGAAAAAUGUCGCUUGCGGGGGCUCUGGCUGAUGCCCGAAAAAGUGCUACCCGGCUCUACGUCAAUAACUUUACCGACAAGGCUAAACAGAGAACGAUUGACCUUCUGUUGGGUCGAUUGGCCAAUCAAAUGCCGGUUCACCUUUAUGACCCAAUGAAUGAUUUAGUCACUGAAGAACUCAAUCGACGUGCUUCUGAAUACUCUUCCACCAAACAUAUCCGUCUUUGGGUUGGCACUUUCAACGUGAACGGUCGUGAUGAAGGGCCUGGCACCGAUCUUACGCCUUGGCUUUUCCCCGAGGCGGUCCAAUCUAACGAAGACCCUGUUAUCUUUGCCGUUGCAUUUCAAGAGAUUGUUGACUUAAGCCCUCAACAGAUCAUGUCAACUGAUCCGAGUACCCGCAAGGUUUGGCAGAGAGCCGUGCAAGAUUGUUUAAACAGUCAUACAAUGGCAAAGGGCACGGGCAAAUAUGUGCUGCUAAGGACCGGGCAGCUCGUGGGUGCUGCGCUGAUGAUCUACGUGAAAUCAGAUGCACUCAAGGAAAUCAAGAAUGUCGAAGGUGCCGUCAAAAAGGCAAGACUUUCGGGGAUUGCUGGUAACAAAGGCGGCUGUGCAAUUCGCUUUGAUUUCUCCAAUACCAGUAUUUGCUUGGUAACCGCACAUCUGGCAGCCGGGUUUGCAAACUAUGACGAGCGGAACCGAGACUACGAAACCAUCGAUCGAGGCUUGCGGUUCCAGAAGAACCGAACCAUUGCAGAUCAUGAUGCGGUGAUCUGGCUUGGAGAUUUCAAUUACCGUAUUGGGCUAGGGAAUCAGAUCGUGAGAGAUCUUCUGUCUCAGCGUGAUUACCAAAAACUCUAUGAAAAUGAUCAGCUAAAUCUCCAAAUGACUGCCGGGAGAGCCUUCCAGUUUUAUUCCGAAGGCCCCAUUGGGUUUGCCCCAACGUACAAAUAUGAUAUUGGGACUGAUAACUACGAUACCUCUGACAAGGCCCGUAUCCCUGCAUGGUGUGAUCGAGUGCUAUGGAGAGGACCCAACCUGCGUCAAACCCAAUAUCAAGUAGCUGAUCUACGUGUGUCGGAUCAUCGUCCCGUGUGGGCCACCUUUGAUGGAGUAAUUGAUGUUGUCGACCAUGCCUUCAAGGAUAAUCUGCGGCGUAUGCUUUACGAAGAAAAACAGCACGACGCUCUCUCUGAUUCCAUUCAUCUUAUGGAUAUGGAUGAUGACGAUAGUCUACCACAAGGAUCAAUUGCACCUGGGUUGCCACCUGCCAGCUCUGACCGAAGCAGGUGGUGGUUGGACAAUGGUGCACCAGGCAAGGCGACAAUUCAACCACCUAGAGAGGGACUUGUUGCCAACAUGCAGCGCAAAUCCAAUCCUUUCUCCGCAGACUCCGAACCUGACUGGGUGCCAGCUUCGCGACUGACGAAGACCAGCAUUGACAGGAAGCCUGCACCACCUCCCCGACGCGGUAGAACCUUGAACGACCAGGCACCCACAUCUAUAGAUGCAAACUCACCACUAGUGGACAAAGCACCGCCAGCUGUUCCUCGGAAGCCCAUGUCACUCAGCUCACAACUAUCUCCACGCUCGCCAAUGUCUAACGGACAAUCCUACUCCACCAUGUCCCUAGAAAAUCCUGAUAGAAACCGUUCAUCUCGCACGGGCACAGGUGGGGCAGGCGGUCCUGAUCUCCUUGGUGAUCCUAUGGAUGAACAAAUUGCGUGGAAACCACUCCUUCCCCAAUGA